AUGGUUGCCGGAGAGAAAUUUGCGGAGAACUUUUAUGCUUCCCGAGGAAACAUCACUCAAAAUUCGGUAGAUGCCGAACCACCGAGCUUCAGCGAUCCGGACGGAUAUGUUGACGAUAUUUCCGAUGAAGAACUUCUCGGUGAUAUACUGAAGCUAAAACCGAGGGAAGACGACAGCAAUGACUUGAUUGUGGUUGUCGAUGGAAUUCCAAUUGUCGGUAGCGACCGCCUGCCAAAGUUGAAGAGCGUCAUGUCGAAGAUACUCUCAAAGAUCGGCCACGUUGUCCGUGAAUUUUAUCCAAUGGAAAACGAUCAAACCAAGGGGUAUCGACAUGUGGAGGAAAAGUGGGAAGUCCCAAAGCCACGUCCCUACAAAGAUCACGGAAAUUUGCGAUCUUGGUUGCUGAACCCUGACUGUUUCGACCAGUUCGUCAUUCAGUGCGGUGGAGGAGGUGACGAAUGGAUUGCCGUUCACACGAACACCCCCAGUGAACCGACGAUAGUCGUCGAAAAGAAGGAUUGGUCGGAAAGUGCUGUUCAAUGGUCCCCAUUUGGUACUUACCUUGCGACCGUACACAAGAAGGGUAUUGCGUUGUGGGGCGGCGAAAAGUUUGAACAGAUUAUCCGGUUCAGUCAUCUGGACGUGCGGUUUUUCGAUUUCAGUCCUUGCGAGAGGUAUAUUGUAACGUACGCUGAACCUAAAAAUCGUUACGCUGAUGCUUCCGAUGCACUGAAAAUUUGGGACGUGCGGACCGGCGAGAUGAAACGCGCUUUCGCAUUUGCGUCACAUAUUUGUAAGCGCUGGCCGUGUUUCAAAUGGAGUCAUGAUGGCAGCUUUUUUGCAGCUUUAAAAGACGACGUGUUGAGCGUCUACGAAACGUCGUCUUUUGCGUUGCUGGGGAAGAAGAGUUUGAGGAUUGAUGGCAUUCGCGACUUUCAAUGGUCGCCAAGUGCACCGUUCCUCGCUUACUGGGUCGCUGAAAAAAACCAGGCGCCGGGACGUGUUGCGCUGAUGAAGAUACCAGAGAAGAUCGACGUCCGAAGUAAGAACAUGUUCAACAUGGCCGAAGCGAGUAUCUAUUGGCAGAAGUCAGGCGACAACCUAUGUUUUAAAGUCGAUCGGUACGGAAAGAAGAAGGAAGAGAAAGACGGUGAAAUCAAAUACAGCGGCAUUACGUAUAACCUGGAAAUUUUUCACUUUCGAGAGAAAGAGGUGCCUGUUUCGACUCAGGAGGUGAAAGAGCCAGUGCAAGCUUUCGAUUGGGAGCCGCUGGGUUCGAAAUUUGCUGUGAUCCAGGGCGACCUGAAAACGAACGUCAAUUUCUACACGCUUCGCACAUCGCCGCUUGGAAUUUCGCAUCUGAAAACGCUCAGUUUCAAACAGCAGGUCAACACCAUAUUCUGGUCUCCCGUCGGACAGUAUCUUGUAUUCGCCGGACUGAAGAGCACUGUUGGUGGCACACUGGCUUUCGUCGAUGCCAGUGGUACAGACAUCAAUCUGACCAACUCUCAAGAACACACAGGAGUUACGGAUGUUGUGUGGGACCCAACUGGUCGUUAUGUGGUGACCAGUGUCAGCAGCUGGACUGGCGGCCGAGGAGGAGACACUGGCUAUAUGAUGUGGAACUUCCUCGGCAGGCUUCUGCAAAGAAAGCCUAUCGAACGGUUCUGUAAAUUUGCCUGGAGACCUCGUCCUGCUCCACUGCUGCCGGAAUUGAAAAUAAAGGAGAUCAGAAAGAAUAUGAAGAAGUACUCUUCAAUAUUUGAAGAGAAGGACCGGCAGAUAUUGAGCAAGGCUUCGGAGGAAAUUCUGAAUCGUCGUCGCAAACUCGUCGAGGAGUUCAAUAAAUGGCGCGAGCCGUUGGUCGACCAGUGGAAUGCGGAGAAGCCGCUCCGUGUGGAACUGAGAGGCGUGGACACGGACAGCAUUUUUGUUGUUUCCGAUAUGCAGGAGGAAGUUGUUGAAUAUUUAAUUAACGAAGAAGAAACUGUGAUCGCCGAGUAG